GAAACCGUAUUUUUACUCCAGUCUUGCAUUCUUCCAACCAGCUGAUGGUUCAGACGUACCGUUACUGAAGCGAUUUUACGGUUUAAUAAAACUGGUUUGUUGUAAGAAGUCUUAAACGUAUCUGUGAUGUUGGUGAUGUAAACCAUCGAAUCUUCUUUGAAAUUUACGUAUUUCAAGCAGAGACAAUGGACCAUGCCAUCGACCCUUGCCCCUCCUCAACGUCGGGCGUGUCAGCCCACCUUUUCCUCACCCUUAUUAACAGCCUCCUGGCGUCCAAAUGCCGCAUCAGUUCACCCUCCAACUACCCCCAAAACCGCGCCUCCACCCUGUCUGACAACGACGAGUUUGAUUUCAUAAUCGUGGGUGCUGGGAGUUCCGGAUCGGUUGUAGCCAACCAACUGUCCCUAAACCGGAACUGGAAAGUCCUAGUCCUCGAAUCCGGAAAUCUUCCGCCACCCGAUAGUGAAAUACCCAGCCUGCUAUUCAGCCUUCAAGGCACGGAAAGCGAUUGGCAAUAUGCGACCGAACCCAAUCAAAAAUCCUGUCAAGGGUUCAUUGAGAAGAAAUGUCGCUGGCCGAGGGGGAAAUGUCUGGGGGGCAGCAGUGCAAUCAACGCCAAUCUGUACAUUCGGGGAAAUAGGCGGGAUUAUGACACUUGGGCGGAACUAGGGAACGAAGGGUGGGACUAUGAUUCGGUCAUGGAGUACUACAAAAAGCUGGAAGAUGUUGAUGGGUUUGAUGGGUACGGUCGAGGUGGUUUUGUCCCAUUGAAUGUCUACCAAUCGAAUGAACCCGUGGGCGAAGCCCUCAAAGACUCGGCACGGGUCCUAGGUUACCCCACCAUACCCCAAGAGGGUAAUUUCGGGUACUUUGAAGCCCUCCAAACUGUGGAUAAGGGCAUAAGGGCAAAUGCGGGCAAAAUUUUCCUGGGACGAGCCAAAGACCGGGAAAAUCUAGUCGUGGCCAUGGGUGCCACAGUGGAAAAAAUUUUGCUCAAAGAAAAAAAAACAGAAGGUGUUUUGGUCAACAUUGGGGGGCGACAAAUCGCACUCAAGGCUCGUAAAGAGGUGAUUUUGUCAGCUGGGGCCAUAAACAGCCCCCAACUUUUGAUGUUGAGUGGCAUAGGGCCGAAAAAACACCUCCAAGACGUGGGAAUUGACCCAGUCAUGGACCUCCAAGUCGGCGAAAAUUUACAAGACCACAUUUUCUACCUCGGAUUACUUGUCGCAGUUGACGAUAAAGUCUCGCAAGUCCAAACCAACGUAAUCGAUGAGAUUUAUAAAUACUUCAUGUACAAUGAGGGGGCUGUGGGUCAGAUCGGGAUCACCAACUUGCUUGGUUUUGUGAAUUCGCGAAACGACUCCAAUUACCCCAAUUUGCAAUUCCACCACAUUUUGUACAUCAAAGGGGACAACUACCUCCUCCCCGAAAUCCUACGAGUGACAGGAUUGGGCCCCGAAGUUGCCUCAAUCGAACUACAAGCCAAUCAAAAAUCCCCAAUGUUCAAAAUAGCCCCAACUCUCCUCAACCCAAAAUCACGUGGGAACAUUUUACUGAAGUCCAAAAACCCCAACGACAAACCUCUGAUUUUUGCCAAUUAUUUGGACGAUCCCUUGGACGUGGAAACCCUACUUGAAGGCAUCAAAUUCGGGUUGAAACAAAUCGAAAGCGAUCCUUUUGCCAAGUUUAAGCCCAAAUUGAUUGAUUACAAUUUGAAAGAAUGUCAAAAAUUCGAGUACAAAUCCGAUGACUAUUGGAGGUGUGCCAUCCGGUGGCUCACCACCACGCUCUACCACCCCGUGGGCACGUGCAAAAUGGGGCCCAGGGCCGACCCCACCUCCGUGGUCGACCCCAGGUUAAGAGUGCACGGGAUUGAGGGCUUGAGGGUGAUUGACGCCUCAAUCAUGCCCCUGAUCAUCAGCGGGAACACGAACGCCCCCUGUUUGAUGAUCGGGUUGAAAGGAGGGGCCAUGAUUUUGGAAGACUGGGGGGUAAAACAUGACGAGUUGUAAUAAAAUUUUCAAAACCCAAAA